AUGUUCGUCCUCAAGAAUGUGGGCAAGCUGAUCUUUGGCAGCAACAGCCAAGAGUCCAUGAUCGAGCUGCCCCAGGGUCAGCUGUACCUGGUUCGCCCGCUCUCGCCCAAGGGAUACUCCGAGCUCAUCUUCAAAGACGCCACCGUCGGCAUCCGGCGCACCGGCCAGGACUUCCAGUACCAGCUCGUCGUCCAGCGCGUCUACGAGGAGGGCGAGGCUGAGCUGCUGGCCGACGAGGAAGGAGAGGACGCCGAGAUCGCAGCUCUUGCCGCCGAGCGAGACGAGAAGACCUUCCUGCUGGACGAGGCCCUGCACUUCCGCGUCGAGACCCGGGAGGGCUCGGGCAAGAUCCUGGCCUGGAAGGACCUCAGCGGCGAUGCCGGCGACCUCUACGAGUUCGUCUGCGACGCCUCGGUGCAGCUCAUGCAGGUCGAGGCCUUCGAGCGCAUCGCGAAGCAGUGCCAAUACGAGCGCAAAUACCGGAAGCCCCACACCACUGCCUCGGAAGCCGACCUGCGCCAGUUCGAGUUCGAGGACGAGCAGCCCAUCCCGCAAGCCAGUCCCAUCCAUAGCCCGACCAUCGGCCGCACCUUCGAAUCCACCGACGACAUGUUCUCCAUCAAGCACUCGGCCAACACGGGAGCGAAGCGGGAUGCCACUCCUCGGAGGGCACCUGUCGCGCCCAUGAACGCCAGCGACGACGAGCCCCAGCCACCAGAGACACCCCCUCAACAGAGGGAAGUCAAAGCACCGACGCGCGAUAUCGCCCCGCCCUCGGUCCCAGCCCAGCCUGAGCCCUUGGAGAUUCUGUCCAUGGAACUGGCAGAGCUGCACUUCUACGACCAUCCCUCGGGCUCCUUUGUCCUGAAAGACACCUCCGUCACCGCCCAGGUCUCGGAUAUUGGCCACUGGCAGUAUUGGAUGCACGUCGCCAGCAAGGACCAGGAGUGGAUCGGCAUCCCCGUCGUCGCCGAUGUCAACCCUGUAUUCAACUUUGAGUUCCUGUCCUUCAUCUUCAACCAGUUCACUGAUGAUGGCUCGGCGUAUUCGUGGCUUCUGCGCUUCAAGGACCAGCCCACCUUGGAACGGUUCCAAGAGGGUUUCAUGCGAGCCCUCUGGGAGCAGCUGAACGAAGUCAAGUGGACCAAGGUCAAGGACCAGGAGCGCCAGUACGUCCUCGACGCAUUCGAAGACCUCAAGAUGGAUGACGUUCCCGAGGAGGGUCACGAGGACGAGGAAGAGCAGGAGAUUGAAGAGGUUGAUGACGACGAGGACCCCGGCGCACAGAGCGAACACUACGACACAGACGAGGAGCAAGAUGACCUCGAGACGCAGCCAAAGGACGGUGCCACGAACAAGUCCAUAUCCGUUGGCUACAAACAUGACCGAUCCUUUGUGGUCCGAGGUUCCAAGAUCGGCGUCUUCAAACAUGCACCCAACAACCAUCUCGAGUUCUCGACCAACAUCUCCGAGGUCAAGACUCCCAGCGGCACUCUGUUUAGCCCCAAAAAGGCCAUGUUACACAAUGAGGACCGCAACAUGAUCCUGCAGAACGACACAGAUCCCAACAAGCUCUACCGAAUGGAUCUCGAGUAUGGUAAGGUGGUGGACGAGUGGAAUGUUCAUGACGAUAUUCCUGUCGUCACCUUCGCCCCGGAGAACAAGUUCGCGCAGAUGACCCACGAGCCCACCUUCUUGGGUGUCAGUCACAACUCCUUGUUCCGAGUGGACCCUCGUCUCGCUGGCAACAAGCUCGUCGAUUCGCAGCUGAAGCAGUACGCCUCCAAGAACGAUUUCAGCGCCAUCUCGACCACGGAGAAGGGCUAUGUGGCCGUGGCAUCCAACAAGGGUGAUAUUCGACUAUUUGAUCGCCUGGGCAUCAACGCCAAGACCCAUAUUCCAGCCCUUGGCGAACCCAUCCUUGGCCUGGAUGUCUCUGCCGAUGGUCGCUGGGUCCUAGGUACUUGCCGUACCUACCUGUUGCUCAUCGACGCCAUGCAGAAGACCGGCAAGAACGAAGGAAAGCUGGGCUUCGAGAAGUCCUUCUCUGCUGACGCAAAACCUCAACCUCGCCGUCUGGCUCUCACUCCCGAGCACGUAGCUCAGUUUGCCUAUGAGACGGGCAAACCCGUCACCUUCACACCUGCUCGUUUCAAUACUGGACAUUCGCACGAGGAAACGUCCAUAAUCACUGCCACGGGGCCAUACAUCAUCGACUGGAACCUGAAGAAGGUCAUCCGUGGAGCCAAGGCUCCCUACACUAUCAAGAGAUAUUCCGAUGAGGUCAAGGCUGACGACUUCAAGUUCGGUACUGACCAGAAUGUCAUCGUUGCGUUACCCAACGAGGUCAACAUGGUUGGCAAGCAACAGUUGAAGCGGCCGACCCGCGAGAGCAUCGCAGGGCUUGGCGCUCGGCUGGCGACCCCGCGACGCAGUUCCGGGCGGAUAGGCACUCGGGAGAGCGGUCGUUAUAAGCUUGGCAAGGAUGAUGUGGUUGCCUCCCCAUACUAG